AUGAUAAAGUAUUCAAUCUGUUGUUUGCUACUCUUACAAAUAGUUAACAGUGCCUCUAUUCACACUUGUCCAACUGGAUGUUUAACAUGCAGUGGUGCUAGUGGUAAUUGUGGUGCUUGCACACCUGGAUAUGAGCUGAGUGGGUCCACUUGCGUUGCUUGUCCAUCAGGUGUUUGUACAUCAUGUCAACUACCAUGUGCAACCUGUACUACAGGCAGUUUAGAUUGUUAAACUUGUAAUGACACAAUUAACUAAGGUGGGUUAAGCUGUUAAUGUUUAGUAGGAUUUAUCAUGAACACCUCAAAUUACUUAUGUGAUUAAUGUUAAUUUCCAUGUGCAACAUGUUAAACAAACAUAAAUUAUUGUUUAACAUGUGCUUCAACCUAUACUUUGAAUUCUGUUAAUCACACUUGCGAAUGCCAAUAUAAUCAAUUUGAGCUAAAUGGUAUCCCUAAAAGUUGUUAAAAUUGUAGCAGUCCAUGUUAAACUUGUUCAUCUUUAGAUACUUUUUGUACAUCAUGCAUUUCAGGACUAAACAAAAUACUAUCGAAUAAUUAAUGUGUCUGUGAUGAUGGCUUUUAUGGGAGUGCUGUUUGUACACCUUGCAACCUACCAUGCAAAAAUUGUAUUUCAAGUGCAGUUUGUACGUCCUGCAUUGACUCAAUUCAUCAAACAGGAGUCUCUUGUACCUGUCCUGCAACUUUUUAUAUGAAUGCAUCUUUCAUGUGUUAAAGUUGUGUAAGUCCUUGCUUAAAUUGUACUUCAGACUUAUCAUGUACAUCUUGUAUUGGCAACUAUUUUAUUUCUGCAAAUAGUUGCAUACAAUGUGAUAACUCUUGUUACAACUGUGUUGAUAUGGCUACUAAAUGCAUAUCAUGUAUUGAUGGAUAUUACUUGGACAACGUAUCUUGUUUGCCUUGCACUCAUCCAUGUAGCAAAUGUUAAAAUAAUGGUAAUUAUUGUUUGGAUUGCGCAUCAACCUAUGUGAUGAGCACUUCAAAUCCAAACAUUUGCGAGUGUCCUUAUAACACCAUUAAAGUAUUAACAAACAAUCCGAUAAAUUGCGAACCUUGUACUUUACCUUGUGAUACGUGUUAAGGAACAAUAACUCAUUGUUUAACAUGCAUUGAUUCGAAUUAAACGAUCAAUUCCUCUUUUUAGUGUGUUUGUAAUUCUGGUUAUGUAAAUGGUAGUAAUUCUAAUUGCGUACUUUGCUAAAGUCCUUGUUCAACUUGUUCAGUUAAUGAUGUGCACUGUGAUACCUGCACUGAUUAAAAUCAUUAAAUUAAUUCAGUAUUUCAAUGUAUUUGUAAGGACACAUUUUAUUCAAAUACCAUUACUACAUGUGCUUAAUGUGCAUAUCCCUGUUAAAAUUGUAAUGCUAAUGGGUGCUUAACAUGCAUCGAUGCUAAUAAAAUAGCUAAUAAAUCUUAUAAAUGUGUUUGUAAGCCUGGAUCUUACGAAGAUGGACUUAAUUGUGUAGCAUGUGCUUCUCCAUGCAAAACUUGUGAAAUUGAUUAAAACUAAUGUUUAACUUGUAUUGAUACAAAUUAAAUCUAAAUCAACAAAAAAUGUAUAUGCAAAGAUGGAUAUUUUGAAGUCAAUUUGCACUGCCAAUUGUGUAACUACUAAUGUUAUACAUGUUUUCAAUAAUCUACUAACUGUCUUAGUUGUAAUCCACAGGCAAAUAGAAAACAAUAGAACAAUACAUGUAUUUGUGAGGAUGGAUAUUUUGAAAAUUAAAAUAAAGAUUGUUAAGCUUGCAAUUCAAAUGAAGGUAAAACUAAUAAAGAUUGCAAAUAAAAAGAAUGUUCUGAUAAUAUUUGGACGUAAGGAGAAGAUUGUGAUGAUGGCAAUGAUGUUUCUAGAGAUGGUUGCACUGAUUGCAAAAUUGAUAAAAAUUAUUCUUGCAUAAAUACCUUUAAUCAACCAUCGCUUUGCUUUAAAUGUAGUGAUAAUUGCAAAGAAUGUUCAAUGUCACUAUAAAUUGUUUGUAUUAAAUGUAAUAAAGGCUAUUUUUUACAAUAAAAUCAAUGUGCUCAAUGUUCUGAAAAAUGUUUAGAUUGUGAAACCAGUGCUUCCAAUUGCAUAAGUUGUAGGUAUUAGACAAAAUCAUCAGGAACCUGCUAAUUAUGUGAGAGUGAUCAAGGUUAUUAUGCUGACGAAAUUAAUAAUAGAUGCUAUUCUAAGUGUGGAGAUUCCUUGAAAUCUGUAGAGGAAGAAUGUGAUGAUGGUAAUUAAGUAUCAGGAGAUGGAUGUAAUUAAUCAUGUUAGAAAGAGAAAAAAUUUCUAUGUUAAGAUGGAAUAUGUAUCCUACCUGAUUAUCCCAUUCCUGUAUUAUUUAGUUAUGGAGAUACUUCUUUAUAUAUUAAUAAGCGAAAAUUUAAAUUAGAAUAUAAUACACUCUUAAAUUUAACUCAGGAUAAUAUCAUAGAGAGACAGUUAAAAUUCUACAUCAAAAAGCAAAUGACCAUUAACCCAAUCGAUAUUCCUUACAUAAUAGAACGAUAAUAUUUAUUUACUAAUCAAGGCAACAUUAAUUUUUCAGUAAGUGCUCAGAUAUUAUUUAAUCGUAGUUCAACAAAUGAAGAGCUUCUAAUUAAAUAUCUUAAUGCCGAUUAAAUUAUUUCUAAUAAAGGAUAUUCAUAAACAGAAAAAGAAAUUUUGGCUGAAAUUCCAAAAUAUUUUUUUAUUGAUUAAACUUCUGUCGCAUAAGUUGAAAUGGCUACAUCCAGUAAUUCAAUACUGUUGUAUGUUAUGGCUUUUAUGGCUGCAGGAGCAGUUUUGUUCGGUGGUUUAGAAAUAUUCUAUAAUUUAUUAGAUACAAUUUAAAUGUUAUCUUACUUAAAAUACAUUAAUACUCAAUAUCCUUAUAAUUUGGAGUAAUUUUUUGAAUUUUUUGGUUUUGCUUAGCUCAGUUUUAUUUCUAAAUAUUUGAAUUUGUAAGAAUUGAUUGAUCCUUUUAUUUCUUACGAAAAUCUAAAGUCAAUACCUUAUAAGAUAGAAUUAGAUGAGUUUAAUUCUUUAUUUAUUAUUAAUGGAUCAUCUAUUUUGGUUGUCUGGCUUACUCUACUGGGUGUUUAUCUGUCUUCCAAAUACCUUCCAACCCUUUUGUCUAGGAUUAGAUUUAAAUAUUACACUGAUGUACCAGAAAAAUUUGAUCUCGAAUUAAGAUGCAAAUUUUGGUUGGUAGCUUUAAAAAUAUAUAUUGUUGAACUCUGCUCCAUGAUAGUGUCAGAGUUUUUCUACAGCGGAAUCUUAAGAACUUUUAUUGCAACUGCUUAUGACUAUUCAUUCUCAAUGUCUCUUUAGCUCUCAGCAUUACAAAUUGAUUCUUCAGAUGGUCUUGUUGCAUUUAGUUCAUUUUUAGCCCUAAUAGCUCUGGGAAUAUAUUUACUUACGAUUUUCUCUGUCACAACAAUAUGUGGAGAUCCUAAUUUUUAGAUUUAAGAAUAUCAAAAGAAACUCAAAUACUAGUCCCUAUUUGAAGGCAUUAAAGAUGAUACCUACAGUAAAUAUUUUAAUGCAAUUAGCCUUAUAUAAAAGUUACUAUUUAUAAAUAUCUUGAUAUUUUGUUAUGAAGCACCUUUUUAUCAGACCAUAAACUUAACACUUCUAUCAAUUUUGUAAGUUAUAUACUUAUUUGUUUUUAAUCCUUUAAAUGAUAAAAAGGAGUUUAUAAAGUAAUUUUCAUGUGAAAUUAAUAAAGCUGUUGCCCUCUUUUUUAUUUUAGGGUUAGUUAUUGAUUAAGAAUUCAAGGUUUUGAGUGAAAACAUGCGAUCAAUCGUAGGUUGGAUUUGCAUCGGUAAUAUAAGUUUAAUUUUUAUUAUUUAAAUAAUGAUAGAUAUUAUUCAAUAAUGGAUACUUUUAAUCAACAAAUACAAAAAGUUAAGAAAACUUGUCAAUUAAUUUUAACAAGUUAUAGCUCCAAAAAAACCUAAAGAAGCUGAUCAUAAGCUUUUUACAUAAGGAAAUCUAAGAAAUGCUUGA